AUGGAGGCCGCGUGCGACGCCUACGUCCGCGGUGCGGAAGUGGCUGUGCCGUCGUCGGUGUGUGAGGCUGUGGCGGAGGGCGCGUGCACGAUGCUGGACGUUGUCAAGGUGCUUGGUGUGCCACUCACGUCGGAGGAGGAUGCUGUGCGAGCGCGUGCGAUCACGCUCUUGAGCCGCGUGACGGGGCAUGUGGCGGCACGGGCGCCGCAGCGCCUGUCGCGCCAGGCGGUGCGGACGCUGAGUGAGUUUUUCAGUGCGAAAGUGUCGGAUGCUGUGAUCGUGGGCGACAGCAUGGCGCAGCGCAUGAACGAGGCGCCGCAUGUGCCGGCGAGUGCGCCGCGGGCGUCUCUGCAGGCCGAGGAGGAUCGUGCGAUGCAGGCGGAUGGCAUGCUGGUCGAGUGUGUGCGAGCGCUGCGUGUGCUGAGUGGUCUGCCGGCGCCGGCUGGCGCGAUGGCGUCGGACGCGCGCACGAUCGCGGCGGCGCUCUUCGGCCUCGAUCUGCGCAAGUAUCCGCAGCCCCUGCGCUUUCUCGUGUACGACGUCGUCCGCACGCUGGUCGAGCGCCACCUGGGCGCGCUGCGUGCGAUGCGCGUGCCUGACGGCGCGGACGGCAGCGCGUUUGUGCGUGGCUACGCGCAGCUCGUGGGCGGCGAAAAGGACCCGCGCAACCUGCUCGUCCUCUUUGGCGUCGCCCGCGCGUUUCUGACCGCGUGGCCGCUGCCGGCGACCGAGGCGGAGGCGAUGUACAACGUGCUCUUCUGCUACUUUCCGAUCUCGUUCCGCCCGCCGCCGGACGAUCCUUUUGGCAUCACGCCCGACGACCUCAAGCGGGCGCUGCGGGCGUGUCUGGCGGCGUCGCCGGCGUUUGCUACGAUGGCCUAUCCGCUGCUGCUCGAGAAGCUCAGCGCGACGGGCGGCGCGUCCAAGCUCGAUGUGCUGCAUACCCUCACGGCGUGCAUGCCCGUGUACGGCGCGGGCCCUACCGCUGCGCACGCCGCCGACCUGUGGUCGUACGUGCGCCUCGAUAUCGUCCAGCCCACCGAGGCCGCCGUCGUGCCUGCCGCACAGGAGACGCUCACGACGCUGAUCCGUGUGCUGGGCGCGACGCAUCCGCACGUCCACACGAUCCUCGAGGCGUGCAUCGACGACGUGCGCGAUGCGCACGCCCGACGCGCGUCCGAUGCGAUGCUCGUGCUCGCGUGCCUCGUUCGCGCCGGUCCCGACACGCGUGCACGGACGACACAGAGCGUGCUGCGCGUCCUCACGCGCGAGGCGUCGCCGCGUCCGUGGGCGCUGCUCGCGACGUACCUCGACAUGCUGUGCGACACCUCGACGCCGCUGGACCGCGAGGCGCUCCUUGCGCUCCUCACGUCCGAGGAAGCCGUCGCGUCCGUGCAUGGCAUGCACGCCCUCGUGGCCCUGGUGCGUGUACCGCACAGCAUGCACUCUGACGACGCGGCGCGCGCCGCGCCUGUCUGGCAGGACGCCGUGCUCAGCGCGGACGACGAGAUCCGGGCGUGUGCGCUCGAGGGCCUCGAGGCGAUCCGCGACGCGCAUCCCACGCUGAUCGAGACACGCACGGUGCCGUACCUCUUGCACCACCUGCCGACGCACAUCGAGGCCCCGCCGCUGCGCGUGCGUGUCGUCCUGCACGCCCUAGCUCGGCUGUGCACCACACGCACGCUCUUUCCCCUCUUUUCUCGGCGCGUGUGGGAUACGUUGGAGGCGAUGCGCGCAUGCGAGGCGGAUGCGGCGCACGUCGGCUACGUGUGUGCGCUGAUCGUCGCGCUGCACGUCGCGAUGGAGGAGCAGGUGUCCGCGAGCGAUGCGCCCGUGCGCGAGCACGCCGAGGACGUCGCGCAGCGCCUCGUGGCGUACCGCCGCGCGCCGAUCGCCACGCACGCGCACGUCGCGCAGCAUGCGAGCGACCUGCUCGUCCUUGUCGGGCCGCACCUGUCGCCCGAGGUGGCGAGCGCCCUCGCCUCCGACGUCUACGCGGCCCCUCCGUGGGAUGCUCCGUGCGCCGCCGUGAUGGUCGGACUGCCGCGCGCCGCCUCGGUGCCGUAUGCGUCGGCCUGGCUGCAUGACGUGCUGGCGACGCCGCCGUCCACGCUGCCGCAGCACUGGCUUCUGUGUGCGCUCGCGAACAAGUGGGCGACGCCCGACAGCGCCGCGCUCGAGCGCCUCUGGCAGCGCAUCCCCGACGCGCCGCCCGAGGCGCGCGCGGCCGCGCUAGACGCGUGGACCUGGACCGCCUGCGGAUGGCUCUCGCGCGCCGAGCCGAUCGGCCAGCAGAUGCUCGAUACGCUGUACACAUGCCUGAUCCAGGACGCGCGCCUCGGCAUGCAGGCCGCGCAUGCCCUGCGUGUGCUUACGCUGCACAGCCGCCUCGUCUCGCCGUCGCGCGGCUUUGUCGUGCGCCGCCUGUACCGCCAGCGCACGAUGGAAACGAUGCUUGUCGCCGUCACCGAGGCACUCGAAGGCCGCUGCGCCGCGCGCGAGCCAUGCCUCGUCGCCAUGGCGACGCUCCUGCCCGGCGCGACGGACGCCUUGGUCAGCAUGCACCUCACCACCUGGCUCCCGCUGCUCGUGCACACGCUCGGCAUGGACGACGCGCCCGUGCGCCUGACCUGUGCGCGCACACUGCAGCGCAUCGUGUCCAGCGAGCACGCCGCGGCGCUCGCCGAGCACCUGCCGCUGCUCGUGCCGCGCCUCCUCGACGCCGCGGCCACGCCCCAGGCGCCGCGCCUCCGUGUGGCCGCGCUGCAGGCGCUGCAGGCGCUGACCGACGCCGUGCCGGCCGCGCACCUCGAUGCGUACCGCCGCCAGGUCGUCCAGGCGCUGGGCCGACCGCACCGCGGCGUCGACGACGCCGUGCGGGCGGUGCGGACCGCCGCCGUGGAUUGCCGCGCCGCGUGGUACGCUACGCAGGAGUAA